GAAUUAACAACCAAAUUUGGACAAACACAUGAUAUAGUAUACAUUAAAUGUAAUUAUCUUUCAACCCCCCACUGUUUAGAGCAACAAAUCAAACACAUACUAGAAACUACGAGUGUGUUUUUGAUUGUUCACUUUCUUUGUCUCAUUUCAUUACUACCAUGAAUAUGUUAGAGUUCAAUACUCGAAAAUCCUAUUUGCUCUUUCUUGUUGGUGUAGCUUUGGGUUUGUUUUCAUAUUCAGUUGAAUCCAUGAGAUUUGAUUUGCCACAUGGUAAAACCAAUAGAUGCUUCUCCGAAAACGUAAAGAAGAGUUCGAUGGUCGUUGGCAACUACUCCAUCGUCAAUUCCAACAAUGGUCACCCUUUGCCUGCUAACCACAUCAUCGAUGUUCGGGUGUCUACUGAUGGAGGUAGGGCCCCAUAUCAUGUUGCAGAGGGUGUUCAAUCAGGCCAGUUUGCAUUUACGGCAUAUCAAAGUGGCGACUACUCGGUAUGCUUUGUUGAUACAAAUGACGAUCCUCAAGUAACACUCUCUGUUGAUUUGGAGUGGAAAACUGGAGUAGCAACCAUUAAUUACCCCAAUAUUGUAAAGAGAAACCUCGUUGAUAGAAUGGCACUAGAUGUAAUUUAUUUGCAUAAAGUUGCCGUGUCUAUUAUGGAUGAGAUGUUAUAUCUUCGUGAAGAAAAUGACCAAAUGCUAAUGCUCAAUUACACAACAGACACCAAAAUGUUCUGGUUGAGUUUUGUUUCAUUUCUUGUCUGCUUCUCAGUAGCAGGGUUGCAAUUAUGGCACUUGAAGACCUUUUUUGAGAAAAAGAAAAUCAUAUAAUUUUGUUGUUGUUGUAGUUUAAUUAUACAAUUUUUCUUAUAUGUGGUAUUUAAUUAUUUGAAUGUUAAUUAUACUUAAUGAGGUGUCUAAAUUGAAUCGGA